AAUAACACGACCAGCACGAUCAACCAACGGAGUGAUAGAUCUUGCUUGAGCUUUUGCUGUCAUCACAUCCUCGAAUCCUACUCCAUCCCAACCAUCCAGAAACCCAUCUCGAGUCACAAUGAGUUUCCAACCGCUUAACCCCCGUCCCUUCCUUCAGGCCCGCGUUGGCACCGAAGUCCUCAUCCGCCUGAAGUGGGGCCAGACCGAAUACAAGGGCACUCUCGAGAGCAUCGAUUCAUACAUGAACGUCCUGCUGCGCGACACGCAAGAAUUUAUCGAUGGAAAGCCCACCGGUGCAUUGGGUCUUGUUCUGAUCAGAUGCAACAACAUCCUCUGGAUGGGCUCGGCCGAUGCGGUCGAGAUGACGGACAUGGAAUUUAAAUAAUAUGUCGCAUACCCUAGAAUAGAGAUGCGAUGCAGUGCGGUACAUGAGGGGGGUGGUGGGAGAUGACAGCUGUUCUUAUGUGUCUGGGAGUGAGGUGUGCUUCGGUGCUGUGCCUUCCAUUCUGUGGCUUUGAAACGGUGGGAUUCCUGUUCCAUUGAAUGGAUAGGUUACUUGGUUUGUGGCACACUCAGACGCCUGCUGCGCCCGUCACUGCUGCGCCCGUCAGGCACCCGGAGACACGAUUGACGAGCGCAGCCCUGCACAGAUGGCCACGGAGGAUCGAUGUACCGAGUCUACCAGAGCUUUUGGGACUCGGGGGUGUGUUUUCUGCUCACUAUUUCAAUUAUCACGAGGCGUUUGUUUGUUUAUGGCUUUUCAAAGUGGGGUUUGUGCUUGGCCUCUGACCAAAAUCGAAUCAAUUACUUUUUGCACGAGUCUGAGGCAUACGUAGUUGGGUACUUUCUUGGUUAAUCAGGGCAGCGCGCAAGUUCUGCUGCGCCAUCAAGUGCCGAGUGCGACAGUGUAUUAUGACUCGAGUGCGGCGCAGCGAAGACAACGUCUCCGGUUAUAGCGACGCUGACAGCAUCCUGGGUAUCGGAAUCAAGCUCGCGGGUCCAGAGGACAGCGAGUGGCUCUCCCCAUCCCUUCGGCCAGAGGGCAUCGGUGAGAAAAAGGGGACCACAGCCUAAGUCCAAUAGGCGUCAACAUAUCCCGAAUGUACGUGUACGCCGGUACACUGAAGGAGUGACAAGACACUAUGGCCCAGGGCGAUCAGUUUCUCAACAGAAAAUAGUAGCUCCAAGUGCUACUAUUCGUAUCUCGGGGACAGAGUAUAGUCUCCACCCUCAAUGGGCAACCCAUUCCUGGAGAUAACUGUAUCGCACAGUCCGCGUGGUGGUAUACUAACACCCUUGUCCCUCUUGACCCGGCCCUCUGCUGUAUGAUCGCAAUUUACCAUGCUAUAUGAAAUUUUUAGAAGAGAUUCAAAUGUGUGGCAGGUUGAGGUGGCUAAUUGCUGUGGCGGUUCUUUUUAUAGACGACGACAUACCACAUGGCGCACAUGUACUAAACAACACAGUUAACCAUUGACCAACGUACAUCGUACAUACCAGGAGCCGAUCACCCGUCGAUCUGGUUACCCCUCUGCAGUCCCUGACCAUCUAAAAACCAACGAUAGAGAUUUCAUGCCAUCGACGUCAUGGCGCUUGAAGGAUGGCAUCCACAAUAGUAAGCUAAAACGAAUAGCGCACUCCAGGGUUAUCGUAGCCAGUUUCAGA